UGUAGGAUUGAUGCAACUUAGCCUCGGUGAGCCUGUGUGUGAAAUUGGUUAUUGACAACCGGUGAGGUGUCUCACCGGUCUAAAUCAAGACUGUGGUUUCUUUUUUUUUCUUUUUUUUUUUUUUUUUUUUUGGUGGAGAGUUGUCAGGGGCACGAAAUGAUCGAGAGUGCGUCCAAACGGGCGGCACCAUGAGAUCCGAUGACCUCCCUUAAAUGUGGAGAUGUGUGACCCGCGCUGAUACUCUACUCCAUUCUGCUUUGUACGGAUCGCACGUCAACAGCUGAGGGAGAAGUGCCUUCAUUUGCCGACCCCUGUGGCUGUUUGGCUCCACUGAAGCCGCCCGUGCCUCUGUGCCUGUCCACGUCCGCGGGAGCUGCCAGCCACACCAGGAGCACCAGGACCGCCAUGGCUGCCAACGCUGUCCACUGAGGCCGUCUCCGCGCCGCUGACACCUCCCUCCUCCCCUCCGACUCCCGCCUCUGUCUGCCAGCCAGACGUCCCUCCAUCCAUGCCACUCAGCCCUCCUCUGUGGAAGUCGAACGCCUUCCCCCUUCUCCUCUGCAGACAGAGCCCGAUAGUGAGGAUUCGCGGCUUUUAUCGGCUCGGCUAGGAGAUCGCCUCUUUGCCGUCCCCUCCCACAACCUCCUUCUCUUCCUCCUCCUCCUCCUCCUCCUCCUCCUCCACCUUCUCUUCCUCUUCCUCCUCCAGCCCCGCAUCUUUUCAUCAUGGGCCAACUCGGUCGAUAAUGUGUUUUGCCAUUCGUCUCAUCUGACAGUUCAGCCCAAGAGCAGGCAAGUGAGGGAGAGAACCGGUGUGUGCGUUUGAAAGAGGGAGAUUACAAAGCAGACCUCUGUGGCCAUCACCAGCCCAGGCCCUGGGUGACAGGCACUGAAGGAUUCCUAUUUGAGCCACAAACAGACUCUUAGGAUGGGCCGCAGGUGGUAGGCGAGUCCAAGGCCUCACGGGCAUCACUUCUGAAUCAGACUCUAGGGAAAAUAAAAGUCCGGCUUUUUUUCCCAUGAUCGUUACCUUUCCCUUCUCGACACUUAUUUCCAAAAUACGCACAGGCACUUAAGAGGGCUCGCUGGAUAUCUCCUCGCUCCACCCGACUUCACCUGUCUGGUUUGAGAUGGCGGUGAACGUGACGCCGAUCCGGGACACAAAGUGGCUGACGUUGGAGGUUUGUCGGGAAUUCCAAAGAGGAACUUGUUCGCGGCCGGACAGCGAGUGCAAGUUCGCCCACCCUGCCAAGAGCUGUCAAGUGGAGAAUGGCAGAGUCAUCGCCUGUUUUGACUCACUCAAGGGCCGCUGUUCCAGGGAGAACUGUAAGUACCUGCAUCCUCCACCUCACCUAAAGACUCAGCUGGAGAUCAAUGGAAGGAACAACCUCAUCCAGCAGAAAAACAUGGCCAUGCUGGCUCAGCAAAUGCAGCUUGCCAACGCCAUGAUGCCCGGCACGCAGCUACAGCCAGUGCCCAUGUUUUCAGUCACGCCGAGCCUUGCAACCAACGCCAAUGCUGCUGCGGCGGCGGCGGCCGCGUUCAACCCGUACCUUGGCCCCGUGUCGCCCGGCCUGAUGCCCGCUGACAUCCUGCCCAGUGCCCCCGUACUGGUCACCAGCAACCCCAACGUCCCCGUACCUGCCGCUGCCGCCGCCGCUGCGCAGAAACUCAUGAGGACGGACAGACUGGAGGUGUGUCGGGAGUACCAGCGGGGCAACUGUACGCGCGGGGAGAACGACUGCCGCUUCGCUCACCCGUCAGACAGCACUAUGAUCGACACCAACGACAACACGGUCACUGUGUGCAUGGACUACAUUAAGGGCCGCUGCUCUAGGGAGAAGUGCAAAUACUUUCACCCUCCGGCUCACCUGCAGGCCAAAAUCAAAGCCGCCCAGCAUCAAGUCAACCAGGCCGCGGCUGCCGCAGCCAUGACUCAGUCGGCUGUCAAAUCACUGAAGCGACCCCUCGACGCAACUUUUGACCUGGGGCUCCCUCCCGUCUUGCCUCCUUUACCAAAGAGACCUGCACUUGAAAAAGCCAACGGUGCCACCACUAUGUUCAAUGCUGGCGUGUUCCAGUACCAACAGGCCCUGGCCAACAUGCAGUUUCAGCAGCAGGCUGCCUUCAUACCAUCAGGCUCGAUAUUGUGCAUGACACCUGCAACAAGUGUUGUACCCAUGAUGCACGGUGCUACUCCAGCCACUGUGUCUGCAGCCACCACAUCUGCCACAAGUGUUCCCUUUGCAACAGCAACAGCCAAUCAGAUUCCAAUAAUUUCUGCAGACCAUCUGACUAGUCACAAGUAUGUGACCCAGAUGUAGGAGUCUCAAUCAGAACAAUGGAACUGAAGCGUGCUGGUGUCGAGUCCAAGAUUAGCGGUCACCCAUCAUGCCCGUCACAUCAAGAGCGAGACGGAAAAUCUGAAUCUGGUUUGGAGCGAAUCUGCAUGUUAACAAAAGGAGGCACAGUUUGUUAGGGGUGUUUUCAUGUGUACUUUCAUGCACACUAUUACACGACAACAGAAAAGAAGCAUCAUCGCAUUAAAGACUGCCUUUCGUUCCGUAGAGGCGACUAACCUUUAUUCACCAGACACACUUUGAAUGUUAACAUGAUGUAAAGCGUGCGGAGCGGUCAUCGGAGAAGUCGACUGAUACGUGGUACGUCCAUUGACCAAGAAUCAUGACUUGAGUUGUUAGUUAAUCAUCGGCUGUCGGCCUUUGGCCCGAAAUGUGUUCAUUUGUUUACACCAAGGUGCACCUUGUAUUUCCGUUGAGGUAAAAGAAACUGAUAAUCUGACUGAAUCACAUAUGCAUGCACAAGGAUUUUCGUUUGUGAUUUCGUUUCGUUAAAAACCGGCGAUAUAAGGGAAAUUACAUGAGUGCCCUCAGAGGCAGAAUAAGCAACUGAAUGUCUGUGAGGUGUCUUUCAAACCUUUGUAGCCUACCUUUCUAUCUCUUAAGCACAUGUCUUUAACCUUGCAGGCGUCCCUGUAAAGUGCCAUACAUCUCAAAAUACAUGAAUGGUAUCUAAGCCGUGUUACGAAGUGAUAAACUCAACAACUCCCUUUAAUAUGUCUCUCUUGGACAGCAUGUUGUGUCCAGCGUCUUCACCUGUCAUCACCCGUGAUUCCCAAUAGCACCACUGCUGAUUAGAUCCCCCCUCCUCCUCCCCCCUCUCCGGUUUGUCUGCUUUAUUUAAAUCUCCUACUGAAGCUUUUGUUUUCUGCCUUUGUUGCUGAUGUCAGUGGAUCUGAACUGACACAGAUCUUUCCGCGGUCAUGGCGUCCGUUGACUCUAAAGGUCGGCUGGGUUGUAAGCGAAGGGGUCUUGACCCGCCGGGGAAGACCGAAGCCUCUCUCUCGGAAGACGAGAACAACAACGACGACGGCGACGACGACGAAUGCGAAUAGCUUUUGAAACAGGCGCGAUGAGUCGGUGUCCAAACUGCUGUGAGACGGAAGUCAAAAUCUACAGUGCAACUGGUGAUGGAUAAGUGAUUUGUCUUUCGUUUUGUAUGGUUAUGCAUAUUUUAAAGGCAGGUUGUCAAAAGUAGAUUCAGCGUAGUGUGUGUAUAUAUAGUCUGACGUAUUUAAGAGAAUUCGUUUUAAUACCCGAGAACUGUUUUCUUUUCAGAUAGUCAGCCAAAGUACUUUUUUUUUUUUUGUUUCCGUGUCACUGGUAUUGUGGGUAAAGUAGCGGGGCUUAAAAAUUUGAAAGCAGCCCAAAGAAGGAUCGGGUGUUUAGAGUAUUUUUUUUUUUUUUGUUGUUGUUUUUUGUGUGUGUGUGUUCUGGGUGUUCUUCAGGCAUAUUUAAAUGGUGGAUAGUACAGGGAAAGUGACAAGAAUAAAAACGAUUGUAUUACUCAUCCAAAGCCUUAGAAUGUACCAUCGGGUCAGCACAAUGCAACAUGCCAUUUUGAACCAUCCAGUUGCCUAAUCCACGCCAUAUUAACACACACAGAGCACUAUGUAAUAGUCACUUUCCUUUUUUUUAAUUUUUGUUUCUUAGAUUCCUUGUCAUUUUGUUGUUGUUGUUGUUGUUGUUUUCCUUCUUUCUUAGAUGAGGAGUGUUUCAUUUUGUUUGGAUGACGUUUUUGGUAUUAGUUAAGAUUCUAUUUAUCUUUCUUAUAAUGAAUAUAAGGUACAGUGUGUGUUCGUGUGUUCCUCAUGCACAGUUUCCUGAAAUUCCAUGUAAUGUUCAUUUUAGUAUGAUUAUGAUUGUAAACUCAAUAUUUUCUACGUUAUGCAUAUUGUUGAACUGUAUGCAUAUUGUUCAUUUCUCUAGUCCUUUUUUGUGUUCUUUGAACAAAGAUGUUUUAUAUGAGUAUCUAAACAGUGAUGAAAUAAUAGAACAGAGAGGCUGAGUUGUCACUGUGGCAACCGUCGCCAAUAAACCGAGUAAUAUUUUAAUGAUUGUAAGGUUUGUAACUAGUCAUAUAAGAAAAAAAAAGAGUAUUAUAAAAAAAAAAUCUAGUUCUUAGAUGUUUAGAGUAAAGAUGUUAUUUUCUACUGUAUCCAUUUCAAAUAGUAACUAUUGUUUUAAUAUUUUUACUCUCCCUGGAAAUUGGGCCAUGUUGGAAAACAAGCUGCAUAUUUGAUCACUUUUAGGGGGCGUUGCUGGCGGGGUCAGGUGAACGUGGCGAGUGGGGAACGGAGUCCGUACACUCGUCUCUCACUCAGUCAGCUGCAAACAACCGAGGGGCGGGGUGGGGGAAAUCUGGAGGCGAUAAAGGUGAUAAAGGUUGACUUUUUUGCACUUCUGUACAUAGUCAAAAAAGAGAGAAUCAUGUAUAUUGAGAUCUUAUUUUGAAUAAAAAAAAAACACAUUAAGGAAUUUUGCUAGGAUAACUAAAAAAAAAAAACUCUUAUGAAAGGCUGAACAAAAUUGCUUGCAUACAAAAGGGCACUGAGUUCUAACUCUUCUACCCCUUUCAGAAAAAAAGGCCAAGUGUUGCUCUUCUUUUUUGUCAGCAGCUUGUAGUUUGCCAGGUAACCUUCCGGAGGAGGCGUCCACUAUACCCUCCAGCGUGAGGGCCUGACUGGGUUUGUCUGGUCCCCUAACCUGCCUGUGCUCACAGGUGUGUGUGUCAUGGCCACGCCCUCCCAGGCCCAACCAAUCACAACACGUCCUGUCUCUUUACUUUACUCAGAGAGGAAUGCAUGUUAAAGGAAAUACAUAUACCGUUUUAAAAAAAAUAAUAAAAAAUCACAACACAGUAAUAUUGAAUAAGAAAACAUUUACAACGAAAGAUGUAUUUACAGUAUACAAUAUUCUAUCAAUGUAAUGGAAUAAAAUAUAUAUAAAAAAAUACAAAAAUAGAAUAGUGGUUUAUUUAAAAAGAAAAAAGAAAAAAAAAAAGAUUCCUGAGACUAUACUCACUAAAGUUUCACCACUUGGAGAGUUAACAUACAUGCAACACAAACACCAUGGCUAUAAGUACGUUCUUUCUGUUUAUGUAAGCUGUGCUUCUAGUAGAUGAAACUGACCAAACGAGAAGAACGUAGUUCAACAUCAGGCAGAAUUUAAGUUUAACUGCAGGUUGAAAUACCGCUUUGUAGUUUGGUCACUCGUUCGAAAUUUUGUCCUGAUAAUUUCAGUCAUCUCUCAUCUUCUACCAGCACGCAUGCUUGCGUUUAUGAUACAAUGUAAACUGAACUCUUUUUUUUUUUUCCUUUCUUACCGUUUGUUUUCUCUGCUCGUAGUGCUAAUAUGAUGUAUUCUGUCUUCUGCUGCGGUUUGUUUCUGCUUGUUUUUACUGUUCCAGGCCCCCUGAAAGAAAGAAUGUGUCAUUUUUUUUUGCAAACGCCGGCCACCUCGUCUGGAAAGCGCUCGUAUCUCGAAACCAUUGAUUGCAACAGUCUAAAGCCAUAAAAUAUAAUCUCAUCCGAAUGAAAUAUGAGAAGAAAACCGGAAAUGACAGAGAGGUGGGAGAUGGUACCUUCGGGAGCUGAUAAGAAUGUAUUUGCCUUGGUUUUAUUAACCGCAACAUCAUGCAAUAAUUCAAGUCAUGAAUGUGGUUAAUAUACCUGGUGGUGUGCUGUGCCAACUUUUGAUGGAUGUGUGUAGUUCUUGACACAUUGUUUGUUUGUUUUUUUUUUCACGGGGCUUGCAUUGCUAUAUUUGAUUCUUGCUGUUAUGAAUUUAAAAAAAAUCUAAUAAAAAUUUACAAAUGAACUCAA